AUGGUCGAUCAAACAUUGCCCAAUAUUGCUUAUCCCAUUAGGGUUAUAAUACCAAUUGUCUAUUUUAUUAUCACUAUUAUCGCAUUAAUUGGUAAUUUAAUCAAUUUUUAUUCACUAUGUGUUAGUAAAAAACGAUAUGUUCGAAAAAGUCUUCAUUUGUUAGUAUGGAAUGUAGCAUUUUCCGACACACUAUGGGUAUUGAUAUUUUUUAUUGUUAAAAUGGUAUCAUAUGCGGAUUUGGGACAACAUUUUUAUAUUGGAUGGUUAAAUAAUCAAUGGUGUAAAGCCGAAUAUUAUAUUUUGCGUUCAAUGGAUUUUCUUUUAGCUUAUACAAUUGUGUUUAUGUGUAUUGAUCGAUGUGUUCGACAUAAAACAUGUUGGUAUGGUAUACGUCGAUUUAAAACUGGUCUAUGUAUUAUUUUUGCAUUAUGGUUAUCCAUUUGUUAUGCUCUAAUACCAAUAUUAUUUUUUAAUCAACAAUUAGUAUCAUUAAACUAUGGCUCAUAUGAAUGUCAAACAAAUUCAGAACUUAUUAAUCAAUUAAAAUGGCUCGAUUUGCGAUCGAUACAGACGCCAAUACAAACUAUUCAUAUUCUGGAUUUUAUGUUUGGCAAUGGUUUACCAGUAUUUUUAAUGAUCGUGUUUCUGAUUUUGAGAGUAAUUUGUCAUCGACGACGACCAAAUAUAACUAUGGAUACAGACCCUUAUAAACAAUUAGAUUUAGGUUUAUACGAUGAUGAACAUCCAAAUUUGUCGAAAAUGGUCAUUUUCUAUGUUCUAAUCUAUAUUCUUUGUCAAUUACCCUAUUACAUCUAUCGUCUCGUUCGUAUUUAUCAACCGGAUAUCGAUAAAAACUUGAAUACAAUGAACAUCUUGUAUGCGAUCGAUAUUCCACUCAUCAUAUUGAGACUCAUAAAUCGUGCCAUCAAUCCAUGGUUAGCUUUUUUUUUCAUGAGACAAUUACGUGAUUCAUCUCGAGAUUUUUGUUCAUUUUGGUGUUGCGGUUGUAUACCAGGGUGUCCCAAUCGAUGGAAUUGUUUAAAAGAUUGUACAUCAUGUUUAAAAGAUGAAUGGUACGAUUUAACAGCCAAUAAUCAUAUGGUUAGAGAAAUAAGAUCGACAGGUAAUACUAUGAAAAAAGAAUAUUUGGAUGAAAAUGGAAAACGUGUAAGACAGACAUACGAAGAAUAUGUCAGAUAUUAUCAACGACCCAAAACACAUUUUUCCGAUGCAAAUCCAGCUCUAUUACUCGGUGGGAAAUCGAUACCAGAAAAUUAUGGUUAUACAAAUCAAGCCUAUUCAACAACAAAAACAAACGCACCACAUGCAAGUGAACCGAGAACUGAACUCUGA